AUGGACUUCUUUGGUCUAAUGCUCUUGGCCUUUGAAGACUUUUUAGCGGAGUGUUUGCAUAGCAUGUGUGACAGAAGCAGUCAAAACACAGAAGCCAUUCUUGAGAAUUCUACAAAGACUGAGGUCAUUACCAUCGAGGGAAAUGGCAGACACAGUUGUGGCCCCAAACGAAGGAGUCCAAGUUGUUCUGAAACCCGAAAUCUCACACGUAUUGUCUCAGAAUUCCACCUCUUGGGCUUCUCACAGGAUCCAGUCCUGCAGGCCCUCCUCCUGGGAUUGUUCCUCUCCAUGUACCUGGUCACAGUACUCGGGAAUAUGCUCAUCAUCCUGGCUGUCACCUUGGAUCCUCACCUGCACACUCCCAUGUACUUCUUCCUCUGCAACCUGUCAUUGGCUGAUGUAGGGCUCACCUCCACCACAGUUCCCAAGAUGAUUGUGGACAUCCUAACUCACAGCACAGUCAUUUCUUAUGCUGGCUGCCUGACUCAGAUGUCUGUGUUUGUAGUCUUUGCUUGCAUGGAUGAUUUCCUUCUGACAGUGAUGGCCUAUGACCGGUUUGUUGCCAUUUGUCACCCCCUGCAUUACCAGGUCAUUAUGAACUCUAGUUGCUGUGGCUUUCUAUUUUUGUUGUGCUUUGUGGCCAGCCUUUCUGAUUCCCUGUUGCACAAUUUGAUCGUCUUACAAAGUUCCUGCUUUAACAGAGUGGAAAUUGCUAAUUUCUUCUGUGACCCUUCACAAAUUCUCAACCUUACUUGCUCCGACACCUUCAGCAGUGACAUAUUCACAUAUAUUGUAAGCAUCUUGUAUGGCUUUCUCCCUAUGUCAGGGAUCUUCUUCUCUUACUAUAAAAUUGUGUCGUCUAUUCUGAGAAUCCCAUCUCCUGGUGGCAGGUAUAAAGCCUUCUCCACCUGUGGCUCUCACCUGACAGUGGUUUGCUUAUUUUAUGGAACAGGCAUUGGACUGUAUCUCAGUUCAGCUUUCUCACUUUCUGUUGGAAGGGGUGCCUUGGCCUCAGUGGUGUACACUGUGGUCACCCCCAUGCUAAAUCCUUUUAUCUACAGCCUGAGGAACAGGGAAAUCAAGAGGGCCAUGUGUAAGGUCUUCAACAAAACAGCUUCAUCCAGUCCUUUUGCCACACAUUUGGACUUGGUGGGGGCAAGCAGCAGACCUAAACAUUAG